GCAGUAGUUGUAUUUUGACAUAAACCAGUAUGGUAUCAUUUACUUUUGAGCACGGUGAACAUUUACAGUGAAAUUAAAGUGCGCGACUACAAUAGAAAUUAUUAUAUAAAUGACAAUUGUGUAAUAUUUACUAAGCUGCAGGAUUAGGAGUACCAAAAACUGCAUUAGGCUGUCUUGCGGAAUAAGGUUUUCUAACAAACGACGCCAGAAGUUACAUAUGAAUCCACAAAUGCUUUCACAGAGGAAUAUGAGUGGAAAACAGCUUAGCUAUGUGCACACCCCUACUAAUUACUCUUACAGUUAUCUAACUGUCCCAGAGCGUAUGCAACAAUUAGCAAGAGAAACUCCUGAUAAAGACGUUUACGUGUUCCUGUAUCCAUCUGGCAGAAGGGAUUCAAUAUCGGUUGGCACACUAUUUGAAAAGUCGAAAGCUCUUGCAAAGUCUUUGAUUCAACUUGGACUCAAGAAGGGUGACGUCGUUGCUACAUGUCUGCCAAAUGACAAGGACGCUCUUAUUUCAACAUUUGGUGUCAUCUUUGCCGGAGGUAUCAUUACACAUCUGUUAUUGAGGGACGAAGAUGGUACUGAUUUACAAAACAAGCUUCGUCAAAUCGGUGUUAAAUAUCUAGUCCUUAAUCCUGGAGUUAAUGAAGAACAGCUCAGAGCGUGCAUGAACUUUGUCGAUGAAAUUGACCAAAGCGGAUGCGCUCGGAGUAUAAAAGUCCCGUCGUUAAAAAUGGUAAUUACAACUUCGGAAGUAAAGGGAAUGAGUUUAUUGCUGUUAGAUGAUCUUUUAACUGGGAUGCAAAAUGAUGAUGUGAUACUACCUAGACUCGAUCCGGAAGAAAAUAUUGUUCUAUUCUCUACAUCAGGGUCGACCGGUGAUUGUAAGUUUAUUCCACAUACACACCAUGGGGUGAUGAUAAUUGGACACCAAGCGAAAGAAUCUAUCGGUUACAAAACACAAGACGUUCUGUACAGCGAAAGGCGUAUAGCAUGGCUAGGGGGAUUUCCUUUCAUGCUUCUACAUGAUUGUCCUAAGGUUGUGACGUUAACACAUCCUAUUGCAAACUUAAGUGAACAUUGCAGAUUUACGUACAGUGCUUUGCUGAAUGAAAAAUGCACCAUUGCAUGCGUGUUACCUGCAACAGUAGUGGGUCUCCUUGAUAUGUACCAAAGCAUGUCAGAUCGUCAAAUUUUAAAAAGCAUUCAUAUUACUGGUCUUACACUUGCAUCCAAUGUUAUGAAUGCAAUAGGUGUUAUUACAGAAAGGGUAACAAAUUGCUACGGUAUGUCAGAAGGCGGUGUUAUCACCUCUAAUCACGUGAGCGAGAAGAAUACCUAUUUGGAGUUCAGCACUGGUAAACCAGUUGCUGGCGUUGAAAUAAAAGUAGUCGAUACGGAUGAAUUUAUCGUUGAAAGGGAGCAGACUGGUAUGAUUUUAGCACGGUCACCGUCUAUGGCCAAGAGUUACUACAUCGACGGUAAUACAACAUUGCCAGCACAAGCGACAAGCGGAUGGGUAGACACUAAAGAUAUCGGUUAUGUUACUGAAGAUGGUGAGCUUGUGGUAGCUGGCAGACAGUCGGAUACAAUAGGUGUUUUAUACACCGGAGGAAGAUACAUGCGUGGGCUGAUAACCUAUCUUGAGGCGUUGUUAAAAGAUCAUCCUAGCGUCCUCGAUGUGGUUGCUGUAACGGUACCAGAUGAUGUCUUUGUCGAAAUAGUUUGCGCUUGUGUUAUCCCAUUACCUGGCAAGAAAUUGACGACAAGCGAACUCGAGAAAAUCUAUAAGUCUAAAAUCGUCCCUGGUGCUGACGAUUGGGAGGGUUUUGAGAGGAUUAUGUUGUUUCAGACCUUUCCAAAAUUAUAUACAGGAAAACCAGACAAACGGGCCUUGAGGGAAGAGGUCAUGCGCAGAAAGAAUGAAGAGCCAAAGAAAUCAAUUUUUGUCUGAGCCUUUAAAUGAAGCUAAUUAUUUAAAUUCCUUUGUUUAAAGACAAGAAAUAUGUAGUUCUUUCUAUGUAUUAAUUUAUCAUUAUGAUAAUCUACUUUAUUAUUCAUAAAUUUGGUACAAACUGAAAAGGACUUAUCCAAAUUCCAAUUUCGGAUUUUUGCUGCCUCUUUUCUAAAAUUGUAUUAAUUUAAAACUGAAAUUCUGGAAAAAACUCAUUAUCAGCUGUUGAAUUUUAUUUAAUGUACACUUCUAACAAACGCCUUUGCUGUUUGGCUGCAUAUGUCUUGUUGCGGAUCUUUGAUUUUUCCAUUUGUAUUUUUUAAAUAAGUCAAAAAGAUGCAUAUUUUUCGGCGAACGCCGUCUAUGAACGAAUUCGUUACCUAUGCCACGUGACAUCAGUUUGCAAAUCAAACUACUUGAUAACGCAUUAUAGAUAAUUUAUCAAAAUGGAAGAUUUAUGCAACACUCUGCCUGAUUGGACGAGAGUGUCAAUUUCUUUCACUCUGUUGAUUGUGCUACGCUGAGUGAAAUGUAGACAAAGCGUUUAACCUAAACGACGCUGUUCACAGUUUUAAAGCUAAUUUUGGCUCAGUAUUUUUAGCAAGAAUAUUGAUAUAUCUCAAAAUGAUAAGUAAGUUUAAUAAAUAUGAUAAAAUCCUGUUUAAAUACCAACAUAUAUCAAAUUAAAGAAAGAGCUGAAUACGGCCUGCGUAUCACAUGAAUAAGGGUGUGAUAAGAGUCUUUUAUGUAGAGAAGUCCUUUUUAAAAGAUUUUCCUUGUUACAAUUGUCGUCUGUAUAUGAAAAGGUUUCUUGCUUUUGUGACUUAUUCAGAUUGCAUAUUAAAAUGAGUACUUGUUUGCUUUGAUAUAUUUGUUAUAAACGAUUUAACUGAUUUAUUAUAUAUGAAUAUUUUUCUUUAGUAUGGUAUGCAAAUAUUGAACUCACUUGCAUUUUUGAAAUCUGUUUUAUUAUAUAUAUGCUAUAUAAUGAGUGAAUCUCAUUACACUGAAAUGAAGGUACGCUGUAUACAGUUUAUCUAUGUGAUAUGACUACGGUCAAACUUUGCUUAUGAAACAGAAAUAUUGAAAUAAUUACAAUUGUAUGUUUUGCUUGACCUUCACUUUUUUAUAGGUGUGGCGUCAUUGUCCAAAGAUUCAUGAAUAGCGAAUAUGCAUUUGUUAAAGCGGGAUCAGUUGGCCUAUUUUAGAAAUAAAUAAAAAUAAUAAAUAGAAAAAUCCUUU